AUGGUUGGCCCUGACUUUCUCGACAUGUUUUCGACAACGCCGAAACAAUCAAAGCCGGAACCGGUCCUCAACUUCAGCACCGGCAUCAGCACCGGCAUCAGCAGCAACAUCUUCUACAUCGGUCUCAAGAUCCUGGACCUCACCCGCGUCCUGGCUGGCCCGUUCUGCACACAGAUCCUCGCCGACUACGGCGCCUCGGUGCUCAAGAUCGAGCAGCCCGGCGUUGGGGAUGAAACCCGCCAGUGGCGCACGGCGGGCGAAUCGCAGAAAUGGAAGGACGAGCACCCGCUUAUGAGCCUGUAUUUCGCGGCUGUGAACCGCAACAAGCGGUCCGUGACGCUCAAUCUCAAGGAAGAAAGGGGGGUCGAGAUCGUGAAGCAAUUAAUCACCGAGGGGUGGGACGGCGAUGGAGACCCGCACGGCACAGGCGGGGGCGCGGACGUCGUGGUUCAUAAUUUCUUGCCUGGCAAGAUGGAAGCCAUGGGUCUUGGAUACGAGCAUUUAAAGAAGUUGGGGUCCGUGGGGGAGAGGCUGAUCUACGCGGGUGUCAGUGGGUAUGGGCCCCGUGGUCCGAGUGCGCAGAGGGCCGGAUAUGAUGCCAUUGCACUGGCGGAGGCCGGAUUGUUGCACAUCACGGGAGAGGAGGGACGGGCCCCGGUCAAGCCCGGUGUCGCGAUGGCGGAUCUGUGCACGGGGUUGUAUGCGCAUGGGGCCAUUCUUGCGGCGGUGAAUCAGAGGGAAAGGACGGGCAUGGGAUGUUUGAUCGAGGGCAGCCUGUUCGAGAGUAGUUUGAGUUUGCUGAUUAAUGUGGGGUUGGCGAGUAUGAAUCUGGAUGUGGACAAGGGACCGGAGAAGAGGAGGAGAGGCAAGAGGCUGGGCUUGGGACAUCCCAAUCUUGUGCCGUACGGGGGAUUUGAAACGCGCGAUGGCAAGAUGUUGUUUGUGGCGGCGAAUAAUAAUAGGCAGUGGAAGGGAUUCUGUGAGAGAAUGGGCAUUGCCGGUUUGGGCCAGGACGGGCGAUUCAACACCAAUGACGGGAGAGUGGAAAACAGAGAGGAGAUCAAUCGGAUUCUGCAAGAGAGAUUUGGCGAAAAGACGAAAGAAGAGUGGCUGGCCAUCUUCGAUGGAAGUGGACUGCCGUAUGGUGCAAUCAAUGACCCUGUGGAAGCCCUGGAAGAGCACCCUCAGACCAAGGCGAGAGACAUGGUGAUUGAAGUUGAUGACUUCGAAGCAGCCAGGGAUGGUGUGCUAAAGCUGAUCGGCCCAGCCAUGAAAUUCGAGGGUUCAAAGAUGAAACUGAGGAUAAAGCCUCCCUUGUUGGGUGAGCACACCGACGAGGUCCUGGGCCAACUGGGAUACGACGCUACAGAGGUAACCGAGCUGAGAAACUCCGGCGUUGUAUAG